CUCAUUCUCAGACAUCAUGGAAACCUUUCUAUGUCAAUACACAGAAUGCUGCAUCAGAGUCUUGUACCUUUGAACUCAACAGCAUCUGUGGUUGUCUGCACAAGCCAGUCAACAUUUCAACUUGGAAGGUGGAGGAUCCCCCACCCACCAAUAUUUUAUAUAGUAUUGUGUCAUUGCAGUGUGGAACUUUGUUGAAAAAAAUUUCAGGCGAUUUCAGGUUUUUACUGUUCUAAGUACCACUGCAAACAGCCUUACUCUGACCUCUUCACUCAGUCACUGCCACAUCCCAGGGAAAUUUCCGAGUCACAGCAAGCUCUUGCUUUUAUAAAAGAUUUGAGGUAUCUCUAAGAGUUAUCCAUCCUAAAAGCUAUCCCAGUUUGUACACCAUCUGUCCAUUUCUCUCUUCUUGACGGCAGUCCAUUUAGAUACCCUGCUCCUCCAUGAAGACAAGCACAAGGCCAAUCCUGCUGCCUGGUGGGUAUGAAACCUUCACACCCUUUGAAGUCAUUGAAAUCCUACAAUGCCAGAAUCUGAGCCCUUAAAAUCACCAAGAUUCAAGGCCCACAAAUUGUCUGAAAGCAUUCCUAGCAGUCCACGAGGAGCCCAAAUUCAGGGCAGGAUCACCUCCUGACUUGCUAAAGGAACACUGCACUGAGUGCCCCCCAAAAAGAGUAUAUUUCCUUCCAAAUUCAGAUGCAUUCUACCUUUUAUACGCACAGUCUCUUUGGACCAAAUCUUGUUAAAGAGGUGCUUCUCCCUGGUUGGUAUCAGGGAGGUGGAGGUUGUACAUGCUGUUUAUGGUAUCACACUUGCUGCUUGUCAGAAGGACUCCAGUUUCUCCCUUUUCCAUCCUUGACUCUGCUGCAUGUCACCUUAGAAAGUUAAAUUCUUCUAGACAAAAGGUCAACAGAAAAGUGGAAGCAGUAAUUUCGUGUAUUUCAUAGCCUUCUGUGAGGAUGAUAUCAACGCAACCAAAUUCACUGGCACCAACCCUGCUCAAGAGAUAUGCUGCUAUCAGAUUCCUCUUAUACUUGGCUUCAGGCAGCAGAAGCUUCGAGAACAGUUUCUGCCCCAUUUACACUGAUGUCUAUACAAAGGGCCAGUCUCCACUCUCAUUUCACGGCUGUCUGAUGACACCAAUAAGCUGAGGACACGCCAUCCCAUCCUUAGGCAUAUCUGCCCACUCCUCCUGCCACCAGGACCACGGGUGACAAAUAUAGCAGAAAUUACAGGCAUCUGACUUAAGGCUGUGUGUGUACACUUCUACGGAGCCAAGCCCCAAACCCUAGUUCUGUUGCUGCAUCAAAGGACCAUCUCUGCUCCAGUCGCCAAGCCCAGAGUCUCAGGCCUGUUGGGAGGACCAUUGGUGCUGUGGUGGAGCCAGAACCUAAGUCUUGUGUAUGGCGUGGUUACGGCUACAGCCUCUCACCUCUGCCUUCCUCCAUUUUGGGCUGGUUACUUUUGUGCUCUUCCUGAAUGGUCUUAGAGCAGAGGCUGGUGACUCAGGGGAUGUGCCCGGUGCAGGGCGGAACAAUGAAUCCUGUUCAGGGUCAUCGGACUGCAAGGAGGGUGUCAUCUUGCCAAUCUGGUAUCCAGAGAACCCUUCCCUUGGGGACAAGAUUGCCAGGGUCAUUGUCUAUUUUGUGGCCCUGAUAUACAUGUUUCUUGGGGUAUCUAUCAUUGCUGACCGAUUCAUGGCAUCUAUUGAAGUCAUUACCUCCCAAGAGAGGGAAGUGACCAUCAAGAAGCCCAAUGGAGAGACUAGCACAACUACAAUUCGGAUAUGGAACGAAACUGUCUCCAAUUUGACCCUGAUGGCCCUGGGCUCUUCUGCUCCAGAGAUUCUCCUGUCUUUAAUUGAGGUGUGUGGUCACGGGUUCAUUGCCGGUGAUCUGGGACCAUCUACCAUCGUCGGCAGUGCAGCCUUCAACAUGUUCAUCAUCAUUGGCAUCUGUGUCUAUGUGAUCCCAGAUGGAGAGACUCGCAAGAUCAAGCACCUUCGAGUCUUCUUCGUCACAGCUGCUUGGAGCAUCUUUGCCUAUAUUUGGCUCUAUAUGAUCCUGGCAGUCUUCUCUCCUGGUGUGGUCCAGGUUUGGGAAGGCCUCCUUACUCUCUUCUUCUUUCCAGUGUGUGUCCUGCUGGCUUGGGUGGCAGAUAAGCGACUGCUCUUCUACAAAUACAUGCACAAAAAAUACCGCACAGAUAAACACCGAGGAAUUAUCAUUGAGACAGAGGGUGACCACCCUAAGGGCAUUGAGAUGGAUGGCAAAAUGAUGAAUUCUCACUUCCUAGAUGGGAACCUUAUACCCUUGGAAGGAAAGGAGGUAGAUGAAUCUCGCAGGGAAAUGAUCCGGAUUCUUAAGGAUCUGAAACAAAAACACCCAGAAAAGGACUUAGAUCAGCUGGUGGAGAUGGCCAAUUACUAUGCUCUUUCCCACCAACAGAAGAGCCGUGCUUUCUACCGCAUCCAAGCAACCCGCAUGAUGACUGGUGCGGGUAAUAUACUUAAGAAACACGCAGCAGAGCAAGCCAAGAAGACCUCCAGCAUGAACGAGGUGCAUACUGAUGAGCCCGAAGACUUUGCCUCUAAGGUCUUCUUUGACCCAUGUUCUUACCAGUGUCUGGAGAACUGCGGAGCUGUCCUCCUGACUGUGGUGAGGAAAGGGGGAGAUAUAUCCAAGACCAUGUACGUGGACUACAAAACAGAGGACGGGUCGGCCAACGCAGGGGCUGACUAUGAGUUCACAGAAGGCACUGUGGUUCUAAAGCCAGGAGAGACCCAGAAGGAGUUCUCUGUGGGCAUCAUCGAUGAUGACAUUUUUGAGGAGGAUGAGCACUUCUUUGUGAGGCUGAGCAAUGUCCGAGUAGAAGAGGACCAGCUGGAGGAGGGGAUGCCCCCAGAAAUACUCAAUAGUCUUCCUUUGCCGCGGGCUGUCUUGGCCUCCCCUUGUGUGGCCACAGUAACGAUCUUGGAUGAUGACCAUGCAGGAAUUUUCACUUUUGAAUGUGAUACCAUUCAUGUCAGUGAAAGUAUUGGUGUUAUGGAAGUCAAGGUUUUGAGGACAUCAGGUGCCCGGGGCACAGUUAUUGUCCCUUUUAGGACAGUAGAAGGGACAGCCAAGGGUGGUGGUGAGGACUUUGAAGAUACAUAUGGGGAGCUGGAGUUCAAGAAUGAUGAAACGGUGAAAACCAUAAGGGUUAAGAUAGUGGAUGAGGAGGAGUACGAAAGGCAAGAGAAUUUCUUCAUUGCCCUUGGUGAACCGAAAUGGAUGGAACGUGGAAUAUCAGAGGUGACAGACAGGAAGCUGACUGUGGAGGAAGAGGAGGCCAAGAGAAUAGCAGAAAUGGGAAAGCCAGUAUUGGGUGAACACCCCAAACUAGAGGUCAUCAUUGAAGAAUCCUAUGAAUUCAAGAGUACAGUGGAUAAGCUGAUCAAGAAGACAAACCUGGCAUUGGUUGUGGGGACCCAUUCCUGGAGGGACCAGUUCAUGGAAGCCAUCACUGUUAGUGCCGCAGGGGAUGAGGAUGAGGAUGAAUCUGGAGAGGAGAGGCUGCCAUCCUGCUUUGACUAUGUCAUGCACUUCCUGACGGUCUUUUGGAAGGUGCUUUUUGCCUGUGUGCCCCCUACAGAGUACUGCCAUGGUUGGGCCUGCUUCGUGGUCUCCAUCCUCAUUAUUGGCAUGCUCACAGCCAUCAUCGGAGACCUGGCCUCUCACUUCGGCUGCACCAUCGGACUCAAGGAUUCGGUCACAGCUGUUGUUUUUGUGGCAUUCGGCACCUCUGUGCCAGAUACGUUUGCCAGCAAAGCUGCUGCCCUGCAGGAUGUGUAUGCAGAUGCUUCCAUUGGCAACGUCACCGGCAGUAAUGCUGUCAAUGUCUUCCUGGGUAUCGGUUUGGCCUGGUCCGUGGCCGCCAUCUACUGGGCCAUGCAGGGACAGGAGUUCCAUGUGUCCGCUGGCACUCUGGCCUUCUCGGUCACUCUUUUCACCAUCUUUGCAUUUGUCUGCCUCAGUGUGCUCUUGUACCGCCGGCGGCCCCACCUGGGCGGGGAGCUUGGAGGUCCUCAUGGCUGCAAGCUUGCCACAACAUGGCUCUUUGUGAGCCUGUGGCUUCUCUACAUACUAUUUGCCACGCUGGAGGCUUACUGCUACAUCAAGGGGUUCUGACCCGCCAGAACAAGACCUUCACAGGGCAGGCCUAGGACUUCUCCUGCAAGAAGGGCCCUUCCUCACCAACCUCUCCAGGUCAAGCAUCCCUGGAGAAGAAGCAUCGGGACCCGAGCCCCAGGAACUUCACCUGACCUAGGCCCUGGCGCUGCACAGAGAGGGCAAAAUUUAACCAAUCCAAUGGAAUGGAGAAGACACCCACUGUCCAAAGUAUUUAACUACAAACAAACCAACAACAGCAACAAAUCCACCUCUCCCCAUCCCGCCACUCACACCCCUGAGCCUCCCCUUCUAUUCCACCACCCGACUACUCCUUUGACUCUAGUUCCCCAAGGGGCAGGAUCUCCCCUGUCUCCAGCAAGAUGCAUCAAGACUCCCUCGUUCAGCUGUCAGGGUGUGAGAACGAACCGUCUCGGCAAUGGCUGCUUUGGGGUGCUCUUUUCAUCUGGUCGCCAUUGUGGUCAUUUUUAUUCUCCUGCCAGGUUCCACUUACUGUCUUGUCUUCUCUUCCUGAAGUUAGUGGCAAAGGACCCUGAAGGAAUUCCAAGUCUGCGUGACAGACACCCUCCUGCUCUCAUCAGGCCGCUGUUGUCCCUUGACUCCAACUCAGGGCCCAGGAGGAGCUUCAUUUUCAUGUAUUGACAUCAAACCCAAACCACAGAGGCAUCACCCUCUUCUUGGUGGAAGCCAUCAUAUGUCUGUGUUGUGUGCCAGCCCCUGUGUGUGUUCCCUCCCACAGAGAGACUUCAGAGAGGAAAUCAGAGUGUUCUGGGCUGACCAAGGGCACCUGGGAAAACACAGAAAACACCUCUCCAGUGUUUCUGAGUUUGUGUCUGAGGGUAUUCAACUGGAGAGGUCUCUAAGGGAGUGGGUCAUAUGCAAAGUGUCACUGUUUGGGGACAUGGCAGCAUCACCACCCCUCCCUGGCUGAUGUGCCAUACUCAGAGGACUGAGGAGGUGGCUUGAAGUGAUGUGAGAAUUUGGAGGUUUGUAAGAAAACAGGGGCUUCUUCCCCCUCUCCUAACCUUCAGGCUGCUUUUGAAAGCAUGUUCAUAAGAUAGGAACUGGAAUUCUUCAUUUCCCCCAUGUUCUUGCUUGUUUUUAAACCCCAUAAAGCUGUCCCUUCCCAGACUGUGGGGUAUUUCUUAUACCCUGCCCCCAAGGAAUCUAAGUCACCACAUUGCCAAGGAGUCCGGGCUUCUACAAAAUAAAGACUGACAUGCUGACACCCCACCUCCCAGACCUUUUCCCGUUGUGUUUUGAAAAGACCUAGCUUUAACACACACACACACACACACACACACACACACACACACCCCAAAACUGCCCACGGGUCUUGAGGCUUUCUGCAUUGACAUAAAUACAUUUUCUAAGAGAGAAAAACAAAAUUAAAACAACACCUGUUUAAUUUUAAACAGAUUUUUUUAAAAGAAAAUAAAAAAUGAAACAGUGCUUGUGUCCUAAGCUAUGUUGACAGUUGUUGGUGGAAAUGUUGGGUUGGUUUAAAAAAAAAAAGUAAAAAUAAAAGGUCUACUUAUAUGUCUCUACACACAG